UGUUCACGCCGUUUCGACGCACUUCGACCCUAUCGACACACCGCCCCUGUCCUUUACCACCGUGCGACCCUUUCACUAGACGCUGCACAACAAGGACACAGCCGCCCUCAGCCACUCUCACCUGGCGGCACACGCUUCCACCAGCAUUGAAUUUACCUGCUGUCACCAUGUCGUUCCUCAAUGUCGCCGCGCCGUCGCCCACCCCGUCGAACUCGUCCGCCAAUGGUGCGAAGCGCAAGCGCCCCGCAGAGGCCUCAAAUGUCGUCUAUUCGCAGCCGGCGGACACAGGCACUGGUGAUCACGUCUACACGCAGUUCGGUUUUGCGCGCGAUCACCUAAAAGACGGCCUGAAGCAGUUGACAUUCGAAGAGAUCAUGAAAUAUCUGAACGUCAGGGAGGAACAGCCGAACUGGAAGCAGCUGCGUCAACUCUUCCACUCGCCAUCGAAGGACAACCGGAUCGGCUUCGACCACGGUACAGGGUUAUACCACUACAAGCCCAAGCUGGCCAUCCGCAACCCAUCUCAGCUCAAAGCCUAUCUUCAGGCCCAAAAGUCGGCGCAGGGGUUGUCCAUCAAAGAUCUGAAGGAUGGCUGGCCGAACGUGGCGGAGGAAAUCAAGCCUAUGGCACAGAAGAAGCUUAUUCUGCUGAAGGAAACAAAGGACGGCGUGCCCAAGACAGUGUGGGAUAAUGAUCCGUCGCUCAUGCAUAGUAUGGACAUCCAGUUCAUCAGUGACUGGCACAAGAUCGCCAUUCCGGCCAAUCCUGAUGACAUGCGCAACACCCUGAUUAACGUUGGCUUGAACGUUGCUACUGCACCGCGCGUGAUUGUCGAUACUACGCCCAAGCCGAAGAAGAAGCGUGCGCCGCGCAAGAACGGCAGGGUCACGAAUACGCACAUGGCGCAUGUGCUGAAGGAUUUCUCCGGUUUGCGGAAGUAAUAUUUGUAUUGAUUGCGCAUAGCGAUGGUGUUUGGGGUUCACGAUAUUACGUGACUGAUUUCCUCGGGUUCCAGCUUUAGCUGGCCAAAAUUGAUACCAAAAUGCACGAGACGAAUAGGGAACGCGCAAGGUGGUACUUGGGUCUCUUUACCUCAUUAGAAUACAACAAAUAAAAAUAAGGCGCGAGCCAUCAUACAA